ACCUGUCUUAGCUGCCUGGAUCUGCUUCGUAAAUCAAGUCUCGGGCCACUUGGACCAUUGCCAAAUGACCUGAUUGAGCGUCAUCGUGCGGCAUUUGCUAGACUUUUCCCAUUAGCAGCUGUCUUCCUUACUCCGACAGAACUUGAUGCGCACUUAGUUGAGUCGGUGAGAUCUGCUGCUGCCUCAUCUCUCGUAGGUAUGUUUCUUCCCGCUGAUAAGUUGUGUCAUUCGCAACAACUGGAGUUUGAAAUUGACGCCGAGACGAGCUGUUCCACCUCCGCACCCGAUUCUAGUGGCUUAGUAAAUGAUAUAAACUCCCAUACUUCAGAGGAUAUCAAGGGAACAGUUGAUGUCGAAUCUCGGAAGCUGCAAUUGUCAAUGGAAUAG